ACCCUAUUUUUCUGCAAGAGGUCUCUAAAAAGGUCUACUGAGUGUAAAAUCUCGUUUGGUUUCGAAUAACAUCUGUUUCUUAAAAAAAUGUAUAUAAUGAAAUGAGCUGGGCAGAUUUUGAUACAGGCUUUGAUUCUAAAUAUUUUAACUCUAAAAUGGCGGUAUCUGGUAAACCUGGUGGUUGGGAAGGAUUGAGGAAAAGAGCAAGAAAUCUAGAAAAUGAUAUUGAUGUUAAGCUUGUCUCCUACAGUAAACUGGGAACAAGUCUCGGCAGAAAGAAAGGACCGGAGGAUAAACAACCCUUGAUCUCCCAAACUGAAAGUGUAGAAAAGUUGGGAACAGAAAUAGAACUUCUAAUUGAUGAACUCAGCAAGGUUAACAAUGAGAUGUCCGAGUUUGCUGGUGCUCCUGGUAGCUCACAAUCAGCAGCUAUUCAUCAUACUCUACAGAGACAUACAGAGAUACUGCAGGACUACAGGCAGGAGUUCAGGAAGACUGCAGCAAACAUAACUUCUCUUAUUGAACGAGAAGAUUUACUUUCAUCUGUACAAACAGACAUAUCUGACUUCAGGAACAAGGAUAAGAGUAGAGGAACUAGGAUGGAUGCACUGCUCAGGGAAUCAGAACACACCAGGAACUCUGAAAGGUUGAUUGAUGAACAGAUUAAUAUUGCGCUGGAAACACGAGAAAAUCUCGUCUUUCAAAGGGAAACUAUCAAGGCGUUCCAGAAGAAGUUGAACGAUCUGACGAACAAGUUCCCUGUGAUAAACAGUCUGGUUAACAGGAUCACGCUCAGGAAGCGGAGGGAUACCAUCAUUCUUGGCGCCGUUGUCGGCUUCUGUCUGGUUUUCUUCAUCUGGUGGAUUUUUGGAUAGUUAUCCGGGAUUAAUCGCCGAAAUUUUUACAAUUUUCGCGCAUUUGUAAUAAAAUAAAAUUUUGAUAAUUAUUCCUAAAACAAUGUUUGGUAUGGUUUUUAUUAUCUGUGAAACUGUUGUUUUAACUAUUUCUUUCUGUGAUAACCCAUUGUUCUUACUUGGGCCAUACUAAAAUUAUUUUCAGUUUUGAAAUGCACCAAUUUUCUAAGGAUAGGAUAUGGUUUAUAUUGAAUAUUGAAUAUAGACUUGCGUUUA